AGGUGAAAAGGACGGAAGAAAAUUAUCAUGCGUUGUUAAAUGCUUUUCAUAAUUCUUCAAAUAUUGUGGAAGUUCUUAAAUUAAUAUUCAAUGUCAAAAAUGAUAAAGAGAAGCCAAUUCUUGACGGCAUCAGGAUGCGGGAACACAAUAAUAGGCCUGUGGGAUUACAUUUGUUUCAAGGGCAGGGAGUGCUAUUGUUGAUAUCAUCCGGCAAACAUUUCCCCUUUUAUGCAUAUUAUUAUGCUUCCGAACGAGUAAAGAUGAUUUGGGUUCCAAUUACAAAUGAUCUGGAGGAGGAACAUAUACAAAUGCCUGACCGUAAGUUUAACUACUAUUGUGUAUUGGAUCCACAAAAAUGGAUUGCGCCAGAAUUCAUAAGAUUUCUUAGAGACGAGUGCUUUCCAACCUUUCAAGUCGGAGGUGAUCCUAUUGCCAUUUCAUUAGACAACCGAGGAAGACUAGUCCAUUCUAAUGCACUGCACAUGAUUUUCACAUGGGGAUUUCAACUAACUAAUGAAAUAACAAUGAGAUCAGGUGACAUAAUUCCUUCAUUAGAAACCGAGUUGAGGGAAAGGACUUCUGAUGCUGACCGUGUGAUCGGUGAUAUUGACGAGCAAACCCAAGAAUUUGUGAGAGAAGUUCGCAAGAAGAUCAAUGAUUGGGUGGAGGAUAUUAUGACAAAGACUAGAAGUUCGUACCGCUCUUACAAUUAUACAAGUGAAAGAGAACAAGCUCUAUGGGGUAAAGAAUCUUGGAAUCUCAAGCUUGUGAGUAAAAAUUACACAAAACUUAAGAGAUGGAUUGAUGAUGAAAAUUACAUUUUCUUAUGCGGAGGCAAUAACAACAAACAAGUUCAAGAAUUUACUCGUAAGCUCGAGGAAGUUCGUUCCAAAAUCCAAGUGAAUAUAAAAAUUGCCUACAUUGGAAGAAGUGGAAAAAAUGUCAACAAGGUGAGAAGCGUGUGUGAUUAUGCAUUUAAUUCACGCACUGAUAAGUUCUUUUGGAUACGACUUCGCAUGGCAUCGUCUAGGAUUCAAUAUUUAAGUAAGGCUGGGCUUGAUGAAGAGAAUGAUGAAAUUAUGCAAGGACUCAAAAAAUUGUUAGCGUACGAAGCUGAAGGUUCGGCAGUUGGAGUAUGGGCAUUGUUAAGCAAAGGGAACAGAAUAAUUGCAUGCGACAUGGGAGAAAAAAUUUACGGAGUCAUGAAUGAGUAUGAAAAAUGGGAGGACAACACACAAGAGAAUGGAUUUGACAAGGCAUUUAAGGAUUGCUAUGAGACGAUGCUCAGUUCUUCCUCUCUUACUUUAACUCAACACCCCUGUUGUUCUCUCAAUUACCCAUCUAAUUUGGACGAAAUCUCAGAGACCGUAUCGUGCCCUCAAUGUAAUCAUAACAUGCAAAAAUUUGUCACCUUCUCAUGUUGUCAUGGCUCGACGACUUCUCUGCAUAAUUUCAACAUGAUGAACUAGCUAGUAAAGCUAU